CCGGCGCCCGCCAGGGAAGCUCUGCUGGCCCCCCGGGGGUAAUUUACAGGCUGCCUCGGCCCUGUGCGGGCUCCUGGGCGUACGGCUCGUUCGCUCACUCACUCGCUCUGGGCUCCUGCCACCGUUCAGCCGGCACAACCCUGGGGAACUCAAGAGCGGGCGAACUAGCGAGACGAGAAGGGAGGGAGCAAAGGAGAAAACGAGGGCGCGCCCCAGCUCUCCCCUGCGCUGCUGCCCGCCCUUCCUGCUGCCACAGCAGCUUGCCUUUUCCAGACACCCUGGAGUCUCCUCAGUCGAACCCAGCGGACGCGCACCUGCCAGCCGCCCCGGACCUGGAAGGCCAGGCGGCUUCUGAGCCUGAGAAGAUGGCCCAGCCCAAGACCGACUGCCGCUCACCUGUCGGUCUCGACUGCUGCAACUGCUGCCUGGACCUGGCCCACCGGAGCGGGCUCCAGGGAGACAGUAGCGGAGAGAACAAGAGCCCAGGCAGCCCCACUGUGAGCAACUUUCGGCAGCUGCAGGAGAAGCUGAUCUUUGAGAACCUCAACACCGACAAGCUCAACAGCAUAAUGCGGCAGGAUUCGCUAGAGCCUGUGCUGCGGGACCCCUGCUACCUGCUGAACGAGGGCAUCUGCAACCGCAACAUCGACCAGACCAUGCUCUCCAUCCUGCUCUUCUUCCACAGUGCCUCCGGAGCCAGCGUGGUGGCCUUAGACAACAAAAUUGAGCAGGCCAUGGAUCUGGUGAAAAAUCAUCUGAUGUAUGCUGUGAGAGAGGAGGUGGAGAUCCUGAAGGAGCAGAUCAGAGAGCUGGUGGAGAAAAACUCCCAGCUGGAGCGUGAGAACACCCUGUUGAAGACCUUGGCCAGCCCAGAGCAGCUGGAAAAGUUCCAGUCCCGUCUGAGCCCUGAAGAGCCAGCUCCUGAAACCCCACAAUCGCCUGAGGCCCCUGAUGGUUCUGCAGUGUAAGUGGCUCUGUCCUCAGGGUGGGCAGAGCCACUAAACUUGUUCUACCUAGUUCUUUCCAGUUUGUUUUUGGCUCCCCAAGCGUCAUCUCACGUGGAGAACUUUACACCUAGCAUAGCUGGUGCCAAGAGAUGUCCCAAGGACAUGGCCACCUGGGUCCACUCCAGUAACAGACCCCUGACAAAGAGCAGGUCUUUGGAGGCUGAGUUGCAUGGGGCCUCGUCACCCCAAGCCAGUGAGCCUCUAAUGCCACCGUGCCCUGGGGGCUCCCAGGGUCCAGGCAACUUUGCUGUGACUGGCAAAGGAGAAAAGUCGUUUGAGAUGUGAUGCCAGUUUGCUCCUGAAAGUAUAAGGGGGUCUGCUUUUCAUUUCCAUGGACAUCUUUAACAGCUUCACCUGACAACGACUGUUUCUAUAAAGAAGCCACUUGUGUUUUAAGCAGAGGCGCACCCUCUCUCUUAUCCCCUGCCUCGCCAAGGCAGGACCACAGGUGGGAGAGAUUGAGCCAAGUCAGCCUUCUGUCGGUUAAUAUGGUAUAAUGCAUGGCUUUGUGCACAGCCCAGUGUGGGAUUACAGCUUUGGGAUGACUGCCUACAAAGUUCUGUUUGGUUAGUAAUGGCAUAGUUUUUCUAUAUAGCCAUACAUGCAUAUAUAUACCCAUAGGGAUAGAUCUAUAUCUUAGUGUAGUGAUGUAUACAUAUACACAUACACCUACGUUUUGAAGGGCCUAAACAGCUUUGGGAGUAUUGACCAGUCCCUUAUCUCUUAAGGCCAGUUAUUUUACUGUGUUCAUUUACCAAAUUGAUCCAGUUUGUCCUUUAGGUUAAGUAAGACUAAAAAGUAAAGGCAAGGAGAGGGCCAGCCUCUGAAUGCAGCCACAGAUGCCUUGCAGCUGCAAUCCUUGCCCCAUCUGUCCGCUGAAGACAUGUGAGGUCCUCUUUUGAAUGCCAAACCCACCAUUCACUGGUGCUGACUACAUAGAAUGGGGUUGAGAGAUCAGCUGGUACUUCACAUUCUUAUUCAAAAACUUUUUUUUUAAUGUUUGUGGAAAACUUUCAAGUAAAGAGAAUGAUUGGCUUGCUGGUGUCCUUUUGUGGACAAGGGAUGAACAGACAAUGGCUUUGACUUGAUGAUGCCUGGGUGGUAUGCUCAGGGAGUUUGUCUCUAGGAGGUUCUGUGGCAGUGAAUACUUUCCACUUUCUGACACCUUAUCCUGAUGUACGUUCUCCAGGAUUUGGAUUUUGAUUUCUCAAAUGUAGCUUGAAAUUUCAAUAAACUUUGCUCUUUUUUUCUAAAAAUAA